AUGCGGCCCACGUCUGGCUUUGUAAUUGCCAUCACUGGCCUCCUACUUACAAUCCAGGGUUCCACGUAUCCGAUCAACAGCGAUGUUCAGAUUCCCGUCACCGAGGGAGAGCUUCGGAAACCCUCCUCCGAUGGAUCAUAUUCCUUCUUAUCGACUAUCAGAGACGUCCUAAUUGACCACGACAUCAUCGGCGAUGUCCUUGAUGACUUUGAGCCCUCCUAUUAUCUCGACAUCACCUACCCAAAAUCCCAUGAAACUGUCCUCUUGGGCAACGACAUCCCCGUCGACUCCGUGUCGAAACGACCCGUCUUCACCUUCCACUCCAUAAAUCCUCCAUCUAGCACGGAAGGAGUCAAGGAUUCCACCUUCACCUUGGUCUUAACAGAUCCCGAUGCGAAAUCUCACGACAACCCAAAGUGGUCUGAAAUGUGUCACUGGAUCCUCACCAACUUGACCACCCCAAUCCCUGAGCCUCCCUCACUAUUUCAGGUUAUGAAAGCCAAACCUGGAGAGCUGGAGGAAUAUCUCCCGCCCGGUCCACCGCCAAAAACAGGCGCUCAUCGAUAUGUUUUCGUCUUGUUGAAAGGUGACGCUUCCACCUUGGAACCGCCAUCAGAUAGAAAGCACUGGGGUUAUGGCAAGCCCAGACAUGGUGUCCGAGACUGGGCCAAAGAAAAUGAUUUGACAGUUGUAGGCGCGAAUUUCUUCUAUGCUCAGAAUGAGAAGCAAUGA